GUCUCGACCGUUUCCAGGCUCCGACGAGCGCAAAAACGGCCGCCCUCCCUUCCUCUCUCUGAGUCUCUCUGACGGACGCAGGUCGCUCUCUCUUCACGAACUUCGGCGCCGGCGCCCCUCUCUCUAUUCGCGGUGACGGCUUUCACUCUCGCCGGCGAGCGCCGAAGAUGGGUUCGACAAACAAGGAGCUUCUGGGCUUGGAGCAUCGAGGAUCCUCCACCAUAGAAUCAAGGCUUCUCGUAUGCAAAAAUGAUCUUUCAUCUAGACAAGGAAAUCUUCAUCCUAACAAGAAUGGUGGUGAGAAGCCUUUGACAACACCAGUUCCCACAAGCCAAGUUCUGGGAAGAGUGAAGAACUUUUUGGGAGUAAUGGCAGAAGCAAAUGAAAAACUAAUGCGUGAAGCUAAGGAAAAACCUCUGGAAGCAUUUGAUAUCGAAGCACUAACUGGAAAUGAGGAGCAGUACAUUGAAAUGGAUUUGCGUCUAGGAAUAGUUGAUCUUUACACACCUGAAGCUGUUGCAGCUGCUGAAUCUGCUGUGGCAGGUGCGCAAAUGGCCCUUUCUGAGCCAGUUAGCCCCUCCGAUACGGAUGACAGCGAUGAUGAUGAAAUCGUAGGCCAUCCUGCUUUAUCUGAGUCACCAUUGUCAGAGGAUGAAUCUGAGAGGUCAGACAAAAAGAGAAAGCGACCGAAGAUUACAGAACUUUAACGAGGAAUCUUGGUUUGGCAUCUGUCAAGCAUGGUUUAGCAUUACAAAGGUGCAAGGACAACCGGAGGAAGUGGCCUUUAUUAGCGUACUCAAAAUCGGACAGCUUGUUAAGUUUAAAAUUUAAGCAUCCAAUACACACUCAGGUAAUGUUAUCAGUUAUAUGUUUCACGAUUCUUUUUCACCUAGUAUCCACUUGUCUCGCGCGCGAGAUUCAUGCC